AUUUUCCGUCGAUUUCCAUCAGUCGGUCGACGCACGGCGAACGAUUGAUCCAAAAUGUGAAAAACAAACCAUAUUCUAACAUUUGUGCCUUUCUAAUAACUUUUCAUUGUUAAAAUGGGGAGAAGACAUAAAUGCAAACCGCGUAUAAUUCCUCAGCAGGAUAAGAGAAUAUGCGGGUGCAUUUGUUUCUGCCAGUUAGUGCUAGUUCUAAGUUGUGUCUCCCUUAUUUAUUUAUCCGUAGCUAUUUAUACACCAGCCAUCAAGGCUUUCAAGAGUGGUUUUCAAGAAAUACCAGUUAUGUGCCAAACUAUUAAUACGAGCAUGAUAAACAACUGUAGCUGGGCAUCCUGUGGAGAAUGGUGCCUUACCAGAACCUCUGGAUUUUGCCCUCAAAUCCAUGCCACCGCUAGACACAAUGGCACGAUAGUUACUUUCACUAACUGUAUUGCUUUCAGUACGUCGGUAUGUCCACCGAUAAAUUGGAAGUCGCUAAAGAGGUACAACUGCAACAACGGUACCGAAUGCGCGGUACUGAAAGGCGUCUUCAACUGCUCUCUCGGUCAUUGCUCAAACCUGUCUCAAAUUUACGAUUUCCAAGAUUGCCAUUACAAGGCUGAUGGAUUUACAGUAGACAGCGACAAGGAUAAUGCUAAACUUAAUGGUUUCUUUGAGUGCAAAGGCUCCAAAUGCACAAAAAUUAAAAAACUGUUUAGUUGUGAUAGAAUUUGUAAAGAUAAUGUUACCACUAAGGACAAAAACGUAUUUAUCCACGUGGACGAUAGCAUUCAUCAAGCCCAAUGCGAGUUCGCAGUGGCUUCGACCAAAGCUAAUGGUAAGGUUGAUGGAGAAGCUAUUGAACCAACGCAAUUUUGGAAGGAGGAACCCGGAAAAAUUAUGAUGGUGUCUUGUUUCGAUGUUGAAUAUGAUCACGACAACCAGACGAUCCUCGCAACAGAUUGUAUCAACGGCACUCUAUUUGAAAGGAAAAUCCUGCCCCAGCCUUUCUCUACCUUCAGACAGUUUUGGAACUUAACGGGAAAACACAUCGGAGUUGUGGACCCUCGGAAUGAAUUCGUGCCAUCCCAAGCAUCGUUAACCAUAUACAACCAUUCCAGACUUUACAUUAACUUAGACGGCUGUGUUAACACCUUAAGGGGGGAAUGUUACAAUUUUUUACUUUCUCAUGGUCGGGACGGGAAAAACAAAACGGCUUCGAGUAGAUAUCCAUGUUUCUACAAUAAGAACAAUUCCUUUAUGGUCAUCGCUCGCUUCGACUUGGCGAGCACCAAAAGACACUUAAUUAUAUCUGCAAGCAUACCAUUAGUUCUAUUUGUGGUAUCUUUUGUCACCCUCUGUACCAUGAUGCAGUCAGUCAGAGUUGAUGAUGACGCAAAAAUGCGAUGCAAAUACUGUUUCGGGAGCUCUGUGGAUGAUAACAACACGGAUCUGACGGAAAUGAUCAGCAGAUAUGAGAUUUCUUCGCCCGAAUCCGAUGGGCCAAGCAUUGAAAAAAGAAAUAACGAAACCACCUAACUCCAAGCAUAGAGGUUUUGUGUUCAAAACUUUAUACAAUUGUUGAUUCUGAGAUUACAGGGGAACUUUACUAAAGGCCGAUGAAAAUUUGUCGGGAUUUGCCCGAGUGAUCGGUUACAUUAUUAGUAUCUAUCUAUAUUGCUGAUUGGUCGAUGACCAACAAAAACCGACAUUGAAAAUCGGUAUUAAUGUUUGAACAACGAAAAAUUUAUUGCCAUGAACGAAUUAAUUUUUUUUACUCCACUUUACAAUUGGACAUUUUUUCAAGUGGCCCUGGCCACUGAUCGGAACUAAUCAACAUACUUACAUAAAAACGACUGCAAAAGCUCUUAAAGUAAAUAUAAAUUAAACAUGUAUUUUUACUGUAGGUGUGAUUAAUAUAUGAUAAAUAUUACGAUCCAGAUAACUUGUCAUUUUCUAUAUCGUUGUUUAAAAAUUUACUCUAUUUUAUUAAACAUAUAUUAUAGUCAAAACUUACGCUUUAUAAAUUUUAAAAGUAUACAUGUAUCUUCUAUUUACUAAAUGUUUACCUAAACGUUUAUAAAUAAGGCUCAUUAUCUGAGUGUAUUCAUUUAUGUACGAUUAUUGCAAUCUAUAGAAUCAAAGUUUUACCAUGUUAAAUGUUCAUUUCAUGUCAGCUUGUUAACUAGCUUCCACGGAUAUUUUUUAAAAAAUCUGCUAAUUGUUUGAUAUCCCGUAAAAAUAAUGGUGAUACACAAACCUCAACAAUAAUUUAAAAAAGCCAAUCAUGAUUCAGAUGUGUAUAGAUAAUAUGCAUUUAGCUUCAAAAUCUGAAUGAUUUUUUAAAAAACCAGUAACAUAUAUAUUAAAGUGACUACAUUAAUGUCUGAAAUAUAUUCUAAAUGCAUGUGUAAAUGUCUUACCGAUACUAGUAGGAACAAGUAUAAUUUAGUUUACUCUUUAUAUCAUUUAUAAAAUGCACAUUCAUUGAUUCAUUAUUCCAAAAUUCAAAAAUGUACAUAUACAGGGUGUACGGAUAUACAGGAACCCGCCGCGAUCAAUAUAUAGCAAACUGUAAUUAGGAGAAAUGCGGUCUAAAAUAUUUUCAAGAUGGCCACACUUCCGGUUAUACCGGAAGUAA